AUGACUUUGCAACAACAGCCUGCAUUUAUACAUCACCUUUCACGUGUUAAAAGCUCCCAAAAGGGAGCUCACAGGGCGCAGGGAGGACUGGAAAAAGAUCCAGCUGCUCUAGCAGCGGCUCGGUUCCCCCCUGCUCUCACUUCGCUCGGGCCGCCCUGCAGAGGAGUGGGGAAGCAGAUGGUUUCGCCGGUCUCCUUGGGGCUCGCUGCUCUGGCCGGGGUCUUGCUGUGCCUGGCCACUCAGCUCCUGCAGUCAGCCGAGGUGGCGAGGCUCAGGAGGGAGCUGGAGGGGCUGAGGGCGGAGUGCGGUGACCGGGGCGACGGCAGGUCACUGGAUGUCUCCCCUGCACUGGGUAACAAGAGGUCACCUAGCAACACCUUGCCCGCAACUCCACACUGGGACCCGCUGCAUCCUGCCCAUUUCCACCACAGGGAACCAGAGCGACAAACUCUCCGUGUGGAACGAGACUCCGGGAGCAAACUGAGGCACAGGCAGAGAAGAAGAAACUCAUUGAUUCACCUGGCACCAACCUCUUAUCAAUCAGAGGGUGAUAAUACCAUUAUUCACUGGCAGAAGAUCAUAUAUACCGGGCAAUCCUUCGAACAGAACAAUAGUACAAUCACCAUUAAAGGGAAUGGUUACUAUCUUAUUUACACUCAGGUCCUGUAUAAGGACCGGACGUUUGUCAUGGGUCAUGUCGUAAAAAGAAAGGAACAGAACAGGCAGAAAGAGGAAGAGGAAGAGACCCUGCUCAGAUGCACACAGAAUAUGCCUGAGGAACAGCCUUUCAGUACCUGCUACAGUGCAGGUAUCUACAAGCUACAGAAAGGGGACAUCAUAGAACUGGUGAUUCCUCGGAAUUCUGCGACCAUUGUCAUGGAGAAAGAUUCGACUUUCAUGGGAUUGAUGAAAGUGUGACCUAACCAUAGAGAUGUACAGCAUGGAAACAGACCCUUCGGUCCAACCUGUCCACGCCGACCAGAUAUCCCAACCCAAUCUAGCUCCACCUGCCAGCACCCGGCCCAUAUCCCUCCAAACCCUUCCUAUUCAUAUACCCAUCAAAACACCCCUUAAAUGUUGCAAUUGUACCAGCCUCCACCACAUCCUCUGGCAGCUCAUUCCAUACACGUAACCACCCUCUGCGUGAAAAAGUUGCCCCUUAGGUCUCUCAUAUCUUUCCCAUGUCACCCUAAACCUUUGCCCUCUAGUUCUGGACUCCCCGAUCCCAGGGAAAAAAACUUUGUCUAUUUAUCCUAUCUAUGCCCCUCAUAAUUUUGUACCAGAGGGGCUAGCCAUCACCUGACAUCUUCCCCAACAGCAGCCAUCAUGCACUUUGAGCUCAUUUUGUGUUUUUACAUCUCAAACUCUGCUAGCUCCCCCCAGCUCUUGUGAUUUGGAUUUUUUUGUCCCUUUUUGUCCUUAUUUCCCCAACUGGGGAGAAAUACGCAGUCCCCUCCAACCUGUUCCAUUGCCGAUGGUGAAAUUAAAUCCAGAGAUGUCCUCUCCGCACACACCAUCUUUUCCUCUUCUUCUGAUAUGUGGCUCAUUCUAUAUGCACAUAUUUCUUGGGAAUUCUCUUCCAAACCACCUCAGCUAUCUAACUUCUGGUUUCCUUAAGAACCUGAACACCGAGAUCACAACUUUUGUGCCAAUUGAUAGGAUUUUUACCUUUUGAGUUACAAAAUUCUGUGUUUGAAUUUAUGUAGGGCUUGAACAUAAAAAUCCUUGUAGAGGGAGGAAGAGAGCUUCUUCAAGGAAGGCAUCCUUGCAAGAGGAUUUGCAGUAGGUUAAAAUCUUCGAGGAGAAAGUGAGGUCUGCAGAUGCUGGAGAUCAGAGCUGAAAAUGUGUUGCUGGAAAAGCGCAGCAGGUCAGGCAGCAUCCAAGGAACAGGAGAUUCGACGUUUCGGGCAUAAGCCCUUCUUCAGGAAUGAGGAAAGUGUGUCCAGCAGGCUAAGAUAAAAGGUAGGGAGGAGGGACUUGGGAGAGGGGCGAUGGAGAUGCGAUGGGUGGAAGGAGGUGAUAGGCCGGAGUGGGGUGGGGGCAGAGAGGUCAGGAAGAAGAUUGCAGCUUAGGAAGGCGGUGCUGAGUUAGAGGGAUUUGACUGAGACAAGGUGGGGAGAGGGGAAAUGAGGAAACUGGAGAAAUCUGAGAGUUCAUCCCUUGUGGUUGGAGGGUCCCCAGGCAGAAGAUGAGGUGCUCUUCCUCCAACUGUCGUGUUGUUAUGGUCUGGCGAUGGAGGAGUCCAAGGGCCUGCAUGUCCUUGGUGGAGUGGGAGGAGGAGUUAAAGUGUUGAGCCACGGGGUGGUUGGGUUGGUUAGUCCAGGUGUCCCAGAGGUGUUCUCUGAAACGUUCCGCAAAUAGGCGCCCUGUCUCCCCAAUAUAGAGGAGGCCACAUCGGGUGCAGCGGAUGCAAUAGAUGAUGUGUGUGGAGGUGCAGGUGAAUUUGUGGCAGAUAUGGAAGGAUCCCUUGGGGCCUUGGAGAGAAGUAAGGGAGGAGGUGUGGGCGCAAGUUUUGCAUUUCUUGCGGUUGCAGGGGAAGGUGCCGGGAGUGGAUGUUGGGUUCG